CGCGCUGGCCCUGCCGCCCCGCCCUGAGCAGAGGGCGCCGCCCCGAGGGGGGCAGGACGGGCCCGGCGGUUGGGCCGUGUGGCGUCCAGCCGCUCCGUCCCACGGGAGGCAGAAACUCGCUCGCCAUGUCGGCAGCGGAGGCGGGGGGUGUUUUCCGCCGAGCCAGGGGCAGGACCCUAGACGCGUUUCUCUCAGAAAAGGAAAGGGAAUGGAAAGGCCCGUUCUACUUCAUCCAAGGCGCAGACCCACAGUUUGGACUAAUGAAGGCCUGGUCCACUGGGGACAGUGACAGUGGUGGUGACGAGUGGGGGCAGGAGAUCCGUCUCACUGAGCAAGCUGUUGAGGCCAUCAACAAGUUGAAGCCCAAACCCAAGUUCUUUGUUCUCUGUGGGGACCUCAUCCAUGCCAUGCCAGGGAUGCCCUGGCGGAAGGAGCAGACCGCGGACCUGCAGCGGGUGCUGGCGCGCGUGGACCGGGACAUCCCGCUGGUGCUGGUCAGCGGCAACCACGACGUGGGCAACACCCCCACGCCCGAGACUGUGGCAGAGUUCCAGCGGACCUGGGGGGACGACUAUUUCAGCUUCUGGGUCGGGGGCGUCCUGUUCCUGGUCCUCAACUCCCAGUUCUGGUACGAUGCCUCCCGAUGCCCCGCCCUGAAGCAGGCGCAGGACCAGUGGCUGGACCAGCAGCUGCGCGUCGCAGGCCGGCACCACUGCCAGCACGCCAUCGUCUUCCAGCACAUCCCGCUCUUCCUCCGCAGCAUUGACGAGGACGACGACUACUUCAACCUCACCAAGUCCGUGCGGAAGGAGGUGGCCAACAAGCUCACCAGAGCAGGUGUCACAGCUGUGUUCUCAGGCCACUACCACCGGAAUGCCGGAGGCACCUACCAGAACCUCGACAUGGUAGUGUCGUCGGCCAUUGGAUGCCAGCUGGGCCAAGACACCCACGGGCUCCGAGUCGUGGUGGUCACCGCCAAGAAGAUCAUUCACCGAUACUACAGUUUGGAUGAGCUGAGUGAAAAGGGGAUAGAAGCCGAUCUCAUGGGCCUGAUGGAGGAAAAGUGACUGCCACCGACAGUCUGUUCAUGGUUCACUUCCACUGGUUUCUUAGUUUGCCAGGAAGUGCGGCUGCGCACAGCCCCCUGUUGAAAUACAAAAGUAUUCUAGGCAGAUCUGUGUCCUUUUGCAUCAUUCAGAGAGCUGAGUCCUAUCAUCCUACCCUAAGUUAUAUUAAAAAUAGAGCUGCCCUCCCUUUUAAAAAGAGGGGAGCGGGGGACGCCUGAAAACAAAGGAAUAAAUGGUGUUAGAAUCUU